AUGGACAACUCAUACAUUCAAGAAAUCCCUCCACAUCAAAAUGAAAAUGAUGUGUACACUGCAGAUGGAUGGACCUUCAAAGAUGUUAAAUUGUUUGAAACUAUUAUGUUAGACUUCGAAGAAAAUGGUUCCUUGCAAUUUUUUGAAAGGGUGGCACUUGUAAUGCCAUGGAAAACCAUUGCAUCUAUCAAACUUCGGUAUCAGACUUUAAUGAAUGAACUGAAAUUGAUAAGGUCAUCAGAUGUUAAUUUUGAAGGUAUUGUCAUGGAGGAUCCCCAGAUGGAUGAAGAAGAUUCUGAAACAAUCAUGAAAGAGGAGCUUAAAGGCAAGACUCCCAGGCCAAAAAAAAGAGGGAUACCAUGGACAAUAGAAGAACAUAAGUCACCAGAUGGUAAUUUUGAAGAUAUUGUCAUGGAGGAUCCCCAGGUGGAUGAAGAAGAUUCAGAAAAUAUCAUGGCAGAGAAACUUAAAGGCAAGACUCCCACGCCAAAGAAAAGAGGGAUACCAUGGACAACAGAAGAACAUAAGUCAUUUUCUCCAGGAUUAGAAACUUACGGGAAAGGGGAUUGGAAGAAGAUAUCUCAGAAUUUUGUGUCAUUCAAAACCCCAUCUCAAGCCCAUGCAAGCUUGUGUCCUCAGGGUCGUCUUCCACCUGAUCUUCUUGGUACUCAAGACGAUUAUGUGCUUCACUACUAA